CGCCGCCUCGUGGAUGUGAUUGACACUAAAUCUGACUUUCUGAAAACGAGGCUCCGACCUUGAUUCACCUCGCAGUGCAUUUUCUGAUUUGAUUGGAAAGUCGUUUUAUUCCCAAAUUAGAGGUUUAUUUGGCAAAGAUUAAAUAUGGCAGCCGGCAGAUUAGCAAAGCCCCAAUUGCGUGGUCUCUUGAAGAGUCAGUUGGCCCGUGAUGCUCCAGUAGCCUUCGUCGUUUCUGCAGGUGCCACACUUGCCUACAAGUUCUUCGUUUCUGACCCUAGGAAAGAAAAAUAUGCUGCAUUCUAUGAUGACUAUGAUGCAAGCGCUGUUUACAAGCAAAUGAAGAAGGCAGGUGUCUUCACAUGUGUGAAUGAAGAUGGUGUGGGAGAUGCCAGUAACUGGUAACCAAUGAGUGAAUAGUAAAUACUUGUAUCAUAGUCAGGUUUUGUAAAUACUUCUCGACAUAUUCCGGAGUGAGAAAAGAGAACUUUCUGCACACACAGGCUUCAGUGCAAUGAACGGACUAUUUAAAGAAAUGCAUUCUCAGUGUUUAAUCAGCUCUAAAAGAAAACGAAUUCCCAGUUUAACAAGGUCAUCUCCAUUAUAGUAUGUAGACAGACUGAAUGGAAGUAUGCCAGAUAAAACCAAGCAUAUUCAGUCAGAAAAUGUCUUCUCCUGCACUGAUUGAUAACAUCUGGAUGUAGUGCUUGCACUGGCUUGUGAAUAAUGACCAGAGAUCAAUAAAUUGUGUUUUUAUGAUGUCAA